UCGCUCCCGCUACUCGCUGGCGCAGUGGAGCUCGGUAGGGUUUCCUCUCCGAGUUUGGCGGUAGCGAGUCUUGUCUCAGUAGCCCGCCCUGCGCGUGCUUUUCUCGCUCUGCAGCGCCCUUCCUGCCCGGGGGUCUCCUAAGCUUGCAAGAUGGCUGACAGACAGGACGUCGCCUCGGAACAGCUGAAGCGGUGGCAAAGCCAGCGGGGCUCGCAGAAGCCAGAUGCCUUGACCACUGCUGCUGGCAAUCCAAUAGGGGAUAAACUUAAUAUUAUGACAGUUGGGCCACGUGGACCUCUUCUUGUUCAAGACGUUGUUUUCACUGAUGAAAUGGCUCAUUUUGACAGAGAGAGGAUUCCUGAAAGAGUUGUGCAUGCAAAAGGAACAGGUGCCUUUGGCUAUUUUGAAGUGACUCAUGAUAUUACCCAGUACUGCAAGGCAAAAGUGUUUGAACACAUUGGAAAAAGAACUCCAAUUGCUAUACGGUUCUCCACUGUUGCUGGAGAAUCUGGGUCAGCUGACACAGUUCGUGACCCUCGAGGCUUUGCAAUGAAAUUCUAUACAGAAGAAGGUAACUGGGAUCUCGUGGGAAAUAAUACACCCAUCUUCUUUAUCCGGGAUGCAAUGUUGUUUCCAUCUUUCAUCCAUAGCCAAAAGAGGAACCCUCAGACUCACUUGAAGGAUGCAGAUAUGGUAUGGGAUUUCUUGAGUCUUCGCCCCGAGUCUUUGCAUCAAGUGUCUUUCACGUACAGUGAUCGUGGUAUUCCUGAUGGAUUUCGCCAUAUGAAUGGAUAUGGAUCUCAUACUUUUAAACUCGUUAAUGCUAGUGGGGGAGCCGUCUACUGCAAAUUCCAUGUUAAGACUGAUCAGGGCAUCAAAAAUCUUACUGUUGAAGAAGCAGGAAGACUGGCUGCUACUGAUCCUGAUUAUGGAAUUCGUGAUCUCUACAAUGCCAUAGCCAAUGGAAACUAUCCUUCCUGGUCUUUCUACAUUCAAGUUAUGACUUUUGAACAAGCAGAGAAGUUCCCAUUUAAUCCUUUUGAUUUGACUAAGAUUUGGCCGCAUGGUGACUAUCCUCUCAUUCCGGUGGGCAAGAUUGUCUUGAACAGGAAUCCUGUCAAUUACUUUACGGAGGUAGAACAGAUGGCAUAUGAUCCUAGCAACAUGCCACCUGGUAUUGAACCCAGCCCCGAUAAGAUGCUGCAGGGUCGUCUUUUUGCAUAUCCUGACACGCACAGACAUCGUCUGGGACCAAACUAUCUGCAGAUUCCUGUGAAUUGCCCCUACAGGGCUCGUGUGGCCAAUUAUCAGAGGGAUGGGCCAAUGUGUGUGUCUGACAACCAAGGUGGUGCCCCAAACUAUUAUCCAAAUAGCUUUACUGGUCCAGCAGAUGAGCAUGUUCUGAAGGAGAGCCGCAUGUCCGUUUCGGGAGAUGUGCAGCGUUUCAGCAGUGCAAAUGAAGACAAUGUGUCUCAGGUGCGAGACUUCUAUCUCAAAGUGUUGAAGGAGGAUGAACGCCAAAGGCUGUGUAAAAAUAUUGCUGAUCAUCUUAAAGAUGCUCAACUUUUCAUUCAAAAGAGGGCUGUGAAAAACUUCAAUGAUGUUCACCCUGACUAUGGUGCGCGUAUUCAGGCACUGCUGGACAAAUACAAUGCUGAGACUGGGAAAAAGGAUGUCAUCAGGACAUACAGACAAGCCACUUCUCGUGUGUCUGCCAAAGAGACGUCCAACUUGUAAAGUGUGCUGCAGAGAAUUACCAUAUGAAUUUUGCGUCCAUACAACUGUGGGACAACCUGUUGAAAAUGUAUUGAAUGUGGCAGAAUUCCUCACAAAUUUUUUACAGGCUUGAUUUAUUAAGCUUUCAAGUGCCUGUAUCUGUACUGGAAACAGUAAGUAACACAAGCUAACAAUCCUAGUGCCUUUCAACACUAGUGCUUUACUGCUCGCUAAAAACAUGGUGUUUUCAAGGAAACUGAAAAGUUUUCCUUUCUAAGAGGAAACAUUAAAUUCAUGUUCUAUUCCAUUUUUUUUUUUAAAUGUCAAACUAUCUCUGGCUAAAUUGCACAAUAAGACUUAAAUAAUGAUACUGUGAUUAUCCUUAUGGAUAAACUUGUUCAUGUUAAAAAGCUGAUAUUACUUAGUAUUUCUAGUAGUUACCUGAAUGUAUUUGUAGGUUCUUCCUUUUGAAAUUGUUUUAUCUUCCUGAAUAAAAAUAAUACAUAACCAAUAUUUUACCAGAACUACUGGAUAUUUCUCAUUCCUUUGUAAAAAAUGGAGCUGAAUAGGAAGCUUAUCUCACAUAUGUAAUUUUCAUUCUAAACACAUAUUGAAGAUAACAAAUCUCUACUUAUUAAUGCUGUGUCAGAGAUAACUGAUUUAAGGGAGAUGGCGGGUGCAGUUAUUUUCUACUUGUGUACACUUUACAACCAAAGUGAUUACAUCUUACAAGUCUGUAGGGGGAGAAAAAAAUUUUUUUUUCUCAUUUACAAGUAUUUAAAUUGAAGAACAUUUGAUUUUUUUUUUUCCAAACAUGUGGAACAUUAACCUCCAAAUACAUUGAUUUACAAGCUUAGAUGCCUUAAACUAUUCCCAAUAGCUCGUGAAGUUGUUUGACUGCUGUAAUCUGAUGUUGCUUAAGUCAGAGCUGGUUUUCAAAAUUAAAGCCUAAUUGAAAUGGUGUGUUUGUAUGCAUGCACGUUCAUCUAUGUAGGGAUAAAAGGGAUAAAACCUGAUUUUAGACAUAUUGGAAUGUUGUACACUGUUUGCAAUUUAGUUAAUCGGUACAAAAAGAAAUUGCAACCCUUUGGAUUGAGAAGUGUUAUUUCUUCUGAUAGUUCAAAGGAGUUUUUUUAGCAUAUUGAUAUUUUAUCUACAAUUUUGGAGUAUAAUCUUUAAUAGUACCUUAUGAACUGAGACAUAAUGAAAGUGUUUAUAUUUUAGCUGUAUCCUGAGUUCUUAAGUUUUAUGAUAAUUACAGAAAUUCUGGUUUUAUCGUACCUGAACACGUAUGGUGUUGGCCUAAGAAACUACAGUCAGUGCCUGAAUAUUUCACAAUAUGUUCAUACAACAAAGCCAUGGCUUAAGCCACAUUUUUUGUAGAGGCCAAAAAUCCCAACAAGUAUUUUUUCUUAACUAACUUGGAAGUAUCACCCAGUUAUGGGGUAACUAGUGUUCAAGCUGAUGGUUGGAAUUUAGAAUAAAAUUUGUCAUAUCCAUUACACAUUGAAGCUGUUCCUAAUGGAAUAAAAAUGUUUUCUAACUGUGCUCAAUAGGCAGUUUGCCAUGCAUCUAUAAUUCCAGCAAGUAUCAAUAAUUCUGCCUGUUACUUUUCCCUCUUCCCUUACCAAAGAGAAAGAUCAGCAUGUAUAUGUAAUCAGUCCAGAUCUUAGUUACACAACAUUGCCCUCAGUUUGAAAUAUACACUUUCCUUGCUUGCCUGCUAAUACUGCUUUACUAGCAUUUGGAUUGAAAGAAGCACUGAAUGAUGAUAAAAGAUUUCAGAGCCCAGCUACUAGCUUUUAAGCAAAUAUACCAGUUUCAACAGUUGGUGCAUUUGAGGAUCUACGUUGGAUUGCAUUUUGAGUAGGGGUACUCCUUGAUUUGGAUUUCAAGCACAAAUUAGCUUUAUGAGAAGUGAUACAGAUAGACUGAAAAAAAAUUGAUAAAGUACUGUUAACUAGAAACAUUGUAGAAAGCUAUUCCAACUCAUUUACAUACUAACCUAUUGUGAAAAAACAUCUGUGUGAUAAAGUAAAAUGAUAUCAAAUGAUGGUCUGUUUUAUCCUGGGAUUUGUCUGGAUAAUUGCAUGAUGAGGCUGGUGGGAAAUGAAAGAGCUGUAUAAAUGAGUGGGAAUUUGUUUUGCUGACACAGAAAAUACUAAUGAGUCUUGGGAAGGAGUAUGCAAGACUUUGUAAUUUUCAUGAUCUCUGGUAAAUGGAUUAUGUUGCCUUUCUUUUGUUUCUGAAAUAAAACAAUUAAAAAUUUCUUUGCUA